AUGAAAAGUUUGUAUAUUUUGUUUGAAUGUUCAGCUGGGUAUUUCUUACUUAAAGUAGAGGAAUGGGAACAAAUAGGAAAUAAUGAAAACCUUGAAAAAAAAAUAUUGGAUAGUGAUAUAUUUCAUCAGAUUGUUCAAUUUUGCUCAUUCAUACCUUUUGAAACAGCCGAAACAGCAUUAGAUAAUUUACUUAAUAUUAAUGAAGGAAAAGCAACAUCAUUUUUAUUAAAUUUUUUAGAACAGAAUUUACCAAGUAAUAAAAGUCAAUAUGAAUUAGGAGUAGCUGAUCUUAAUUUAGGAAAAUUUUUAUCAAACAUUGGUUUUAAUAUUGUACAUAAUAAUAAUAUAUUAGAAUUAUUUAGAGCUUGUAGAUUAUUUUAUUUAAAAAAAAUAAAAAGUUAUAUUAAUAAUGCUGAUAUAGAUAUUAAAAAUUUUAACAUAGGUUUAGGUCAUAGUUACUCAAGAUCUAAACUUAAAUUAGAUCCAAGAAAGCAAGAUAAAUCAAUUAUUAACAGUAUAGGAACUAUUGAAUCGCUAGAUAAAAAUAUAAAUGUUUUUAGUAUGAGAGUUAUUGAAUGGUAUAGUUGGCAUUUUCCUGAGUUAAGAAAAAUUGUAACAGAUGUUUGUAUGUAUUGUAAAUUAGUUAUAUUAAUACAAAUAAAAGAAAAUUUUGAUUUUGAAAAUAAUAAAGAACAAAUUAAUGAAAUAACACAAAAUGAAGAAAUGACAGAAAGUAUAGAAAAGGUAGCCAACUUAUCAAUAGGUCAAGAAUUAACAGAAGAAGAUUUAAAUAAUAUUGUAAAUUUUGCAAAUGAAGUUAUUAGGUUAUCAAAUACUAGAAAUGUAUUAUGGAAUUAUUUAGAUAAAAAACUUGAUAUUGUUUCACCAAAUCUUAAAGAAUUAUUAGGUAAUACAUUAAGUGCUAGAUUAAUUAGUCAUGCUGGGUCAUUAGUAAAUCUAGCUAAAUGCCCAUCAAGUAGUAUUCAAAUUUUUGGCUCAGAAAAAGCAUUAUUUAAUUCAUUAAAGGGAAAUAAAAAAACACCAAAGUUUGGAAUUUUAUAUAAUUCUUCUUAUAUAUCUAAAACACCUACAGCAUUAAAAGGUCGAAUGUCUCGAUACUUAUCAUGUAAAAGUGCUAUGGCUGCAAGAAUUGAUUCUUUUGCAGAUGAGCCUACUAAUUCUUAUGGUAUUGCAUUUAAAAAACAAUUAGAACAUAAAAUAUUACAUAUGAUCAAGGGAGUCAAACUUUCGAAAAAUAUAGAUUAUAUUAAUGAGGCUGAAAAAAUUUAUAAAAAACAAAAUGGUGAUGUCAAUAUUGACGAUGUUGAUGAGGAAGAAAGGAAAAGGUUGAAGAAGGCCAGGAAAGAGGAAAAAAAAAGAAGAAAGCUAGAAAAAAAAAUGAGAAAGGAAAAAGAAAGAGCUGAAAUGGAAAAUGGGGAGAACCAAAAUGAGGAAGACCAAGACGAUAGGGAUUGA